AUGAUGCCACGGCAUCAAGGAAGCGGAUUUUCCAACGGAUAUCCCAGAGGCAACACAUUUGACAUAUCUCCCCAUAGAUUUCAACCUCGUACUUCAGCACCGGGGAACCGACGGCAGAGAAAAUUUCUCAUUCGAGUUGGCCUUGCAGUGAUUGGACUGCUUGUCAUUAGUUUUUGGUUAUGGCCCUCUAACCCAAUCCUCUCUGUUGUAUCUCUAGGCUUGUUCUCUGCGACGAACGAUGUCGAGCUCGAAACCGUCCGAUACUAUGAUCUCAGCAAUGUCCAAGGUACUGCACGGGGCUGGGAACGCGAAGAACGUAUUCUCUUGUGCGUCCCUUUGCGUGACGCGGAAGCGCAUUUGGCAAUGUUUUUCUCUCAUUUGCGCAAUUUCACAUACCCUCAUCAUUUGAUCGACCUUGCCUUCUUGGUGUCCGACUCUAAAGAUCGAACAUUACAGGUGCUCACCGACAAUUUGGAACGAAUCCAGGCCGAUCCUGAUCCUAAACAGCCUUAUGGAGAAGUGUCCAUUAUUGAGAAAGAUUUUGGUCAAAAGGUCAACCAAGAUGUUGAAAGCCGACAUGGAUUCGCAGCACAAGCCAGUCGAAGAAAGCUAAUGGCUCAGGCCAGAAAUUGGCUUCUCAGUGCAGCUUUAAGACCAUAUCACUCUUGGGUUUAUUGGCGAGAUGUAGAUGUAGAGACUGCGCCCUUCACCAUACUCGAGGAUCUUAUGCGUCAUAAUAAAGACGUCAUUGUGCCAAACGUCUGGCGACCCCUACCGGAUUGGCUCGGUGGCGAACAACCAUACGAUUUGAACUCUUGGCAAGAAUCAGAGACUGCGUUAGCGCUUGCCGACACCUUGGAUGAAGAUGCUGUGAUUGUGGAAGGCUACGCCGAGUACGCCACCUGGCGACCUCACCUGGCAUAUCUACGUGACCCUUAUGGCGAUCCAGAUAUGGAAAUGGAGAUCGACGGCGUUGGCGGUGUCAGCAUUCUAGCCAAAGCUAAAGUCUUUCGAACCGGUGUUCACUUCCCAGCUUUUAGCUUCCAAAAGCAUGCUGAGACAGAGGGCUUUGGAAAGGUCGAUGACAUUCGUCACAUGGAGGAGAUGGAGCAGGAACGAAUUGCUCGUGAGAAGGAAGAGCAGGAGAAGAAACUGAAGGAGCAGAAAUUGAAAGAAGAAUUUGGUGACGCAAGUAGUCAGUGGGAGAAGGAUAAGAAAGAAAUGAGGGAGCAACAGCAACAGUCAAAGCGGCCCAGUGUAGCUUCUCCAGAAUUACAUCAAGCCGAAGACGCUGCGAAGGACUCCGGGGUCAUUGCUUGA